AUGGCUCUCUCAUAUGAUCUUCAUAGUCAUAUAGAACAAAACAAGUUUCUGACUGGCUCUAACUUGAUCUUCAAAGCCGCAAUCAAGUCCAAUUCAAUUAAGCCAUAUUCAUGCCUUGGCUCCUGGAACUUCUCCGACGACUCUUACUUCAUUCCUCGGGCUUAUUUCUCCUACGGUCUUUUAUGCAGUGGCAACAGUGUAACCCAGCUCACCCUCAACCCGGCUGAUUAUGCCGGCACCCUGACUCCACUCAUUUCUAAGAUCGCUCAGCUCGUCACGCUCGACCUGUCAACCAACAAAUUCUCCGGCCCAAUCCCUCCGCGCUACUCCCUAACCAAUCUGCAAACUCUUGUACUUCGAUUCAACUCCUUCUCCAGUAUAGUCCCACCCUCUUUAACCGCGCUUAAAUCCCUCGAUACGGUUGAUUUCUCUCACAAUUAUCUUUCGGGAUCGUUGCCCAACUCGUGGAGCUCGAUCGGCAGCUUGAGAAGGCUUGACCUGAGUUACAACAAACUCAUCGGUUCACUCCCCAAGCUCCCGCCAAACCUCAUUGAGCUGGCGAUCAAAGCCAAUUAUCUGUCCGGGCCGCUUUACAAGACUUCAUUCCAGGGAUUAACUCAAUUGGAGGUUGUUGAACUCAGCGAGAACUCGUUUCCCGGGACACUUGAAACUUGGUUUUUUCUCUUGCCUACUUUGCAGCAGGUGGACUUGGCGAAUUACAGCUUCACGUGGGUCGACAUCUGGAAGCCUAAGAAUGGGAACAGCAACCUGGUGGCCGUCGAUCUGGGAUUUAACAGAAUCGAAUGGUAUUUGUCCGUAAAUUUCGCGGCGUAUGCUCUGUUGUCGUUUCUGUCAUUGCGUUACAACCGGUUUCGUGGAUCAAUCCCUUGA